GAGGAAUAGAGUGGGUCAUUAGGGCUACCUCUUUUGCAGCGUCUCAUUUCCUUCUCCCAUUUCCAUUCGUCUACUUCUUUUUCUCAUUCUUUUUUCUUCAUCGUCUUGAAUCUCGAUUUUAAGUUUCUGAACCAGAACCUUACAAUCGGAUCCACCUUAAGAUUGAGGUUUUUCAGAUAAACAAAUCUUCAUUUGUAAGUACCGAUCGGUUGUUUGGUUAUAUGCUUUAUAAUCUGGAACAUUAGUGGUAGUUUUGAGGCGAAACGAUUUUGAGUUUGAGCGUCUCGUCUUUGAUCUGAGAUUUAGAGAUGAAGCGGUCGAGGAAAUCAGUGCGUGUUUCGUGGGCUCAUGGAGUUAAUCUUUGUCAGGUGAAGCUAUUCUCAUCAGAGGACUGCCCUUCUAAAGUAGGCCAGAAAUCUCUAGAUCAUCUCCAAGCAAAAACUCCCUGGAUGUUGCAUCCUUAUACUGCUGAAUUUAAUGAUUGCCCGCCUGGAUUUGAGUUUACUCCUUCGGGAAGCCAAUCAGCUGAUCUGUCUGGCAUUUCUUUGAUCAAGUGGAAAUGCCCUCUCCAGUUUGUUAUGAAUUCCAACUGGUGUGUGGCAGCAGGAGAGGAAAGUAGAGAGGUAGAAUCUCAGAAAUUGAGAGAAAUGAGAUUGCUAGAAGCAGUUUAUCCUCGAUCAUCUGCUAUUCCUCCAGGUGCGACCGUUUCGACUGAUAUUGAAGAUGAGCUUUAUGAUGAUAGCCUCACUCCUCAUGUCCCUAUCAUUCCUAUUGAAGAAGAUGAGUGCGAAGAUUUAGGAUCAGAUUCAGCUGCCCCAGUAAACUUCUCUACGAGCUCAAUGCCGAUGGCUUCCAACUGUUCGUUGGAACGUUCAAUCCCCGCAAGCACCACUGAAACAUCUGCUGAUAAGUUGCCUGAUGUUGGUGUGGAUGUUGCUGCUGCUGCCUCUACCGCAUUUACAGUAUUGACGAAAAGUAUGGAGCAGGGAAGCAUGAUCGACACGAAUUUGCUUAUUAAAAUUUUCAGUGAUCCAAAAAUGAUCCAGAAUUUGUCCAACAUUCACCCUGCAUCUGUAGCAGUCUCAGGGAGCCCACCCAUCGCCACUGGUGCUUUAUCAAAGCCACCAGUGAGUGAAUCAGUUUCUUCGCCUCUCACAACAUCCAUUUCGAUACCAAACCGCUCAAAUGGAAGCAUAUUGAAAGUGUCCAAUGGAUUCCCAUCCACGGUCACCACUGCUCCUCAGAUGAGUAGCAUUCCUACAGCCGAUGUAAAUCUUGUUGCAGUCCCAGGCCACUUACCGGUUUCAGAUCCCAACAACGUAAAAAUGAACGUACCGAAUGCCGGGAUCUAUUCUAAAAUCGGUUCGAUUCCGAUGUAUGCUAACAGGGCGCCAGUUAGUUCAGUGAGAAAAGAAGCUCAGCAAUUGAAGGAUCUUAGCUACUAUAAGAACUUAGUAAGACAACAUGGAGAUCAGAGGGACUUUAAGAAACAUAAACUUGGACAAGAUGGCAAUCACAAUCAUCAUAAUCUGAAUAUGGUACAUGAGAUGAAAGCAGAAAACUUGAAACCCAAGAUUCAGAAACAAUGCAUUUAUUUUAAUGGCCCAAAGGGGUGUCGAAAUGGCGUUAAUUGCCAAUUCAAACAUGAUAUUCCACUUCAGAAUCAAAACGCUAAGAGAAUGAAACUGUGUGGUGAAGUAACAGGGAGGACUUAAUUGGGUUUAUGCUUCACCAUUCAGAAGUUUUCUUGUUCAAGCAGGAAAACCAUGUCCUUUUUGAGGCCAAAGGGAUAUCUUGUGUUAAUUUUUAGGACAUCAGGAAGAAUUUCAACAGGAUUUCAAAGGGGGGAUUUUGAAUUUGGGAUUAUUUGUUGGUGGUUGGUUGUUUGAGAUUAGCUCGGAUAAAUGGCUCCAUGUGUUGUAAUCAAUCCUUCAGCAUGAAUGUAAAUUCUUUGGAGUACCUUUGAGUUCA